CAGCGGAGCGCGCGGGAGUGGCUGGCAGGCGGCGGGUGGGCAAGGCGCACCGGAGUGUAGCGCAGCACAGUGCAGCAGGGAUACGCAGCAACAGCUCGCAGAGUGUCUGGGCUGCCAAAGCUGGGACUGGACGGGACUCCGUACCCAGGCUGUCGCUGUCUUUCCUGCACUGCCGUUAGGACACCUCAAGAUGGCUGAGGGUGCAGACAUGGAUGAACUCCUAACUUCCUUCAAGAAGUUUGCAAUACAUGGAGACACUAAAGCCGUCGGGAAGGAGAUGAACGGCAAAAACUGGGCUAAGCUCUGCAAGGACUGCAAGGUCAUUGACGGGAAGAACGUCACCGGUACCGAUGUGGACAUCGUCUUCUCAAAAGUGAAAGCGAAGACAUCUCGUGUAAUCACCUUCGAGGAGUUUCAGAAGGCUCUGGAAGAGCUGGCGCCAAAGAGAUUCAAAGGUCAGAGCAAGGAAGAGGCUCUGCAGUCCAUCUGGAAGCUGAUUGAGGGGAAGGAGCCUUCAAAUGCUGGUGUGACGAAAGUCACCAAGACCAAGGCAGUGGACCGGCUGACAGACACCUCGAAGUACACAGGCUCGCAUAAGGAGCGAUUCGACGAGACCGGCAAGGGCAAAGGCCGGGGCGGCCGCGAGGAGCUGGUGGAGAACACCGGUUACGUGGCCGCCUACAAGAACGCCGGCACCUACGAGGAGAAGGUCAAGACCAAGGAAAAGGCGCAGUAGUCCUGGCUGACGGUCUGCGCCCCACCCGCCCCGACACGACUCUGGCAGGUCUGGACCAAGUCUGACGUUAGGCCCAAAGUGCAGCCCAGUACCCCGUGACGGAUGUGUCGUGCCCUGCAACGAAUGGGACGAGGGGGAGUGUCCUCCACCCUGUCUUCAUCAUGCCUUCUACGGCUGCGUUCCCGUUGGUUUUACUGAACGAUCUUAAUGCAUGGCCAUGCAUGCAGAGUCAGUGUGCCCGUAUAUAGGGGAUUAUGGGUAAUCUGCUUAUGAUGGAGACAGCUGCAGACAUUUCCUUUCUGGAUAUAUAUGUUAAAGAAAAAAAAAACGAAUUCACUAACAACAAGCCAUUUACACUUGAUUCACUUUUCCUCCCCGGCCGCUGAAAAUGCCCAGUAUUAAGCUAAACCUUUACAUUAGAGGGGCUUGAUGAUUUGUGUUUUAUUUGUCAUAAACGUUUUAUAUAUAUAUAUAUAUAUAUAUAUAUAUAUAUAUAUAUAUAUAUCGCAUAAAUAUAUAUAUUUGUUAUUAGCAUUUGGGAUUUCUGGAUGCGGCCCCUGUUUGAUUUCUCAAUUGAUUAGAAAGACACCUUGUGCUGUACAGGAAUUUGGCCAGCAGGAAAUUGAAGUAGUUUUUUUGCCUAAAAUAUUUUGUCAUCUCCAAAAGAUUCCAGAAACGUCUUCCGCUAAUCACUGUGAAAUAUGCCUAUAAAAUGAAUAUUUUAGAGCUAUUAAGCGUAUAGGCUGUGUAACACUGUUUAGUCACAUGAAAUCCAUUGUUUUGCCAUUUUGAUUGUAUCUAUCUGCCUUAACUCUUCUGUCGUCCUGAAAAUUCACUUUCCAGCUAAUCUUAUUACUAUCCUUAUUAAAAUCUCAAAUUCUAAAUUA